GGAAAAAUGUCAAAUUUGCGGGAAUUUUUGACACUUGUCAAUAAACAGUGAUUGUGAAUUCAUUUUGAAAUCAUCGAUCAUUAAGUUAAAAAUUCUUUGCUUGUGUUAAACCUUGGUUUUAGAAUAAGUGAGGUAAGCGACAACAAAAUGAUGAUCACGCUGAAUUCAAUUACAUCAAAAUUAUAAUGACUGUAGGGUCUACACGGCUUUCUGAUUAACAUGGCGUUCAGUAGCGACAUGUGCGGACGAUAACGUUCGCCCUUUGUCGCCUGAGCUUUUAAAUGAGUGUUUGGUCAUUUCAACUUCUUAUUUCGGAUUUUACCUUACAAUUUAUGUCUGUUACAUAAGUCUGUUAAGGGCCUGAUCGUAUUUUUACGACAUAAUAGAAACCACUGCUAUGGUGAAAACCCGACGCAGUAAUGGAGAGAAUGGGGAGGUAGAAGAUGGGAAUUUUACAUUAAACGACGUUGUCAGCGUCUCUGACGAGAAGGCAUCAAAUUGGUCUCCUCGUGAGCUAAGAAGUAGCCAGUAUAAAGUUAAAAGAAAAAUACAACACUGGCCAACAAAAUAUAGCCGGAACAGACUUAGAAGAAUAAGGAUGCCACAAAUAGUAUUUCCUGAAAGUGAUACAGAACCUGAGAAAUAUUCACGAAGGUCCCGUCAGGUGCGUGUUUUCUUUGCGGAUGACAAUGAGUCCAGCAACAGGAGUAUGCAAAUUCGACGCAAUCGGGGACCCAGGAAGAAUUAUAUGGAAGAUAGCGAAGAUAAACCAAUACAACAAAGUGUAAUGUGUGAGCUUAAAGGUUCUUUCUCAGAUGUGAGACGGAGCUGCCGCAAGCGCAAGCUCCUGCACCACAAUUUCAACGAGAGCUGGAUCACCAAUGAGCUGAAGGUGAAAGGCUAUCCCGACCUCUACGGCUUCAAUGGAUCUAGUUCCUCAGAUGAGUUCAGUUCAGGUGAUGAGGCUGUAGUUACCAAUAAGAAAAUGCCUCAAAAUCAUAUACCAACCAAUAUAGAUGAAGACACGCAAUUAUCACGACAAAGAAGAACAUCAGCAAGGUUUAAUAAUAAAAAGGAUGCAACAGAGUCGGAAUCGGAAGAUGAAAACAAUCAAACUGUGAUCGAAAAGAAACCUCAGCAGGAAAAUAAACAGGAACAAAAAGAUAUAGAUGACAAGGAAGAUGUUAAAAAGACGAUAAAUAAGAGUGAUCCGGAACAAUCCAACCAAAAUCAGGAUAGUGAAAGCAAUCAAGGACCAGCAAGAUCGACAAGGGGUAAAGGUAGAGGUAGGAGAAGGCAAAAGAAAGAAGACAGUCAACAUGACACAGCUUCAGAGAGCUCGUCGUCGGAAUCGUCGAGCGAGUUAGCGCUGGGCCGGCAGCCGCGUCGCUCCAAGCGCACCAGAAAACCCAAGCCGGCAUUCGUGCAGAUCGCACCUCGCGAGACCAAGGGCAGAGGCAAAACGUUUACAAUACGAAAAAAACCAUAUAGUUUAAGAGAGAGAAAACCAAAAAUUCUACGUAGAAAAACAAUUAGAUCUCAAUCACCGUCCACCAGUAGCAGUAGUAGUACAUCCAGUUCCGAUACAGAAGAGGAUUUAAAUGUUUCUAUGAAAAACAAAACAAAGGGCAGACAAAAGUCAAAAUCUAUGGACGAUAAGAAGACUGACAGAGCACUGAGGGAUAUACAACCUGUUGAACUUGAUGGAAAAGUUCGAUUUACUUCAGUGGGAGGUUUAGAAGAACAUAUAAAAUGCUUACGAGAAAUGGUCUUAUUUCCACUAAUGUACCCAGAUUUAUUCAACCAAUUUAAAACUCGACCAGCAAAAGGUGUUUUGUUCCACGGACCUCCGGGUACAGGCAAGACAUUGUUAGCCAGAGCAUUAGCGAAUGAAUGCAGUCUUGUUGGAGGAAGGAAAGUCGCUUUCUUUAUGAGGAAAGGAGCGGAUUGCUUGAAGAAAUGGGUCGGUGAAAGUGAGAGACAUCUCAAAUUGUUGUUUCAACAAGCGAAUAAAAUGAAGCCAUCAAUAAUAUUUUUCGACGAGAUAGACGCACUAGCGCCAGUGCGCAGCGUGCGGCAGGAACAAGUACACACCAGUGUGGUGGGAACAUUGCUCGCUGAAAUGGACGGACUCUGUGAUAGAGGCGAGGUGAUUAUAAUAGGUGCGACUAAUCGUUUGGACGCGGUGGACCCGGCGCUGCGCCGUGCGGGACGCUUCGACAAGGAGCUGUACUUCCCUCCCCCGCACGCAGCCGCACGACGCAACAUACUCGAUAUAUACACCAAGGAAUGGAACCCCAGACCCUCUGAUGACACUCUGGAUCAUAUAGCUGAUAUCACCAAUGGAUACGCAGGUUCCGACUUAAAGGCGCUAUGUUCAGAAGCCGUAUUACGAGCAUUAAGGAGAGUGUAUCCGCAAGUGUACGAGAGUGAACACGCACUUAUUAUCGAUCCUAAAAAUGUGGAAGUGCAGCAGGAGGAUCUGGAGCGGGGUAUGGUGGGUAUGGUGGCGGCGGGCAGCCGGAGCGCGCCGCCGCCCGCCCGCCGUCUGACUCCGCACGAGCACGUACUGCUCGCGCCACAACUACGUGCCGCAACGCUGUUGCUGCGUAUGCACGCACCGCGCGACAGCACUACGAAGGUGUCAGAGGAUGGCAUGUGCGGGGGCGUGGUGCUGGUGAGCGGGGAGUGUGCGGACACGCAGCUGGCGCCGGCGCUGCUGGCGCAGCUGGAGCACUGCGCGGUGCGGGAGCUCAGCCUCGCCACGCUGCACUCCGCCCUCGCGUUCACACAGGAACAGGCGCUUAUCUCUUUAUUCUCUGAGUGUCGUCGCACGGACCGCGGCUGUGUGCUAUUUAUCCGCGACCUGACGUCGGUGUGGUCGGUCCUGAGGGCAGGCAACAGCGGCGCGCUGCUGCUGCAGCUGUGGCGCACGCGCGCCGCCGGACAUAAUACCAUGAUGCUCGCGACUGCAUCAGUGCCGCAUGAAGAACUACCCCAAGAGCUACAAGAAUUGUUCCCGGUGUAUAAAGACUGCGUGUAUCGUAUGCGAGAGCCUACAGCUUCCGAAGUUAUCUGUUUUCUUAAGCCGAUUAUAACUGAAGUACCACUGGAGCCGCCCCUCAUUGAGAACAACGAACCCCCACCACCAUUACCCAGAGCGCCUCCUCCGCCCCCGCCCCGCGAGUCCGCCGAGGAAGUUGCGCGGCGCAAGCGCAAAGAAGACUACAAGUUGCGCGAACUGCGCAUCUUUUUGCGCGACAUAUGCCGCAAGCUCGCCUCCAACAGGCGCUUCUACAAGUUCACUAAGCCUGUUGACCUUGAGGAGGUGACAGACUACCUGGAUAUCGUCAAGCAGCCGAUGGACCUGGAGACGAUGAUGACGAAAGUGGACAUGCACAAAUACAACUGCGCCAAGGAGUUUCUUGACGACAUAGAUCUUAUUUGCGCAAACGCACUAGAGUAUAACCCUGAUAGGGCUAGAGGAAUGUAUAGGACGUCAUCAGACAAGCAGAUACGUCACGAGGCGUGCUCGCUGCGUGAUCAUGCGCAUGCGCUCAUCGAUGUUGAAAUGGACAGCGACUUUGAACUUGAAUGUCAGGAUAUAGCUAAAAAACGAAGAGAGGAAGGCCUGCAUGAAGACAAUGAUUUACCGGACUUUAUAUAUACAGCAUCUAAUUUACCGGAGGGUUUCGAUUCAACAGCAAAUGACAGUAAGAAUCUACGAACGCCGCAGAACGGAGAGAAGUCUGAAUCUCAGUCGGCGAAGCGGAAGCGAAGAAGGAUGAACGCUUGGUCUAAAGGAUUGGUUGUGAAGCGACAGAGGACAUCGCAAAAGUCAUUCAAAGACACGAGUAUGGCGAUAACGGACGAAGAGUCUAAGGAGAACAAGCCGAUCACCUCAACACCGCUCGCCAACGGCUCCGCGACAUCUUCAGGGUCAGAUGACGACGCGCCGCUGCGCCGACCUCCACCUGAUGAUACCUUACUUGCUGGCAACAUGCACCACGAAGAUAGUCCAACAAAACCGGGUGAAAAGACGCCGUCGAAGACAUCACCAAAGAAAAGAAAUUCCGGGCAUGAGACUUCAAGUGGAGGUACAGUAUACAAGAAUUUGUAUUAA